GCCUUAGAUCAUUGUCCACGGCGUGAGACCGAACUUUCACGUAGAUACAUUCCGUUUGUUCAUAAACCUUCGAUGAAAACAAUGCUGCUAUCAUUUUUCUUUCUCUAUAAAUCCAAGUCCAGUUCCAACCCUUCUCUGCCUAUGUCUAAUUUUCGUUCUUAGCUCGCCAUUCUGAGCUUUUUUUCUCUUCGAUUUCACUCCCAUGGCUCCCAUAAAUCUGAAGCAAUCGCCUAAUGCCUCCUCCACUUCUCAAGCAAUAGCUUCGUCUCAGGAUGCUCGAGUCCUUGUGCGCGAAACGCUGCGUAUAAGUGCUAAUUUGGCUUCGCCGCCGACCGUUGCUGCUGCUCCCGCCGCCACCGAAGCAACGUCGUUGGUGGAACCGGAGUGUCAAAGGAGAAUUAUCGGUGGUGUCGCUGUUGGUGGGGAGGAAUUUGUGGGUUCAAGCUUCAGAUUGAUCUGCUGCGAGGAAAUGUGUGGCCGUAGAUGGAAGUAUGUGGCGGAGAGCGAUGGCUCGGGGGGCUUUAAAAGGAAUUCCGUUCGCGCACUUAGCUUGCAUACUCCUCAAGCUCCAGUUGAUGAGUUAAUGUCAUUUGUGAGAUCCUAUGUUGUUCCAGAAGGUUUUCCUGCUAGCGUUACACCUUCAUAUGUGCCGUACAUGACAUGGAGAGCUCUGAAGCACUUUUUCGGGGGAGCAAUUGGCGUAUUAACAACUCAAACGCUAUUGAGUUCAGUAGGAGUCUCCCGAAACAGAGCUGCUCCUGGGGCUGUAGCUAUCAACUGGAUUCUCAAGGAUGGUGCUGGUCGAAUUGGAAAGAUGAUUUAUGCUCGGCAAGGAAAGAAGUUUGAUUAUGACCUAAAGCAGUUGCGGUUUACAGGUGAUCUUCUGUUGGAGUUAGGUGCUGGAGUUGAAUUAGCAACUGCAGCAGUGCCACAUCUAUUUCUUCCUUUGGCAUGUGCUGCUAAUGUAGUAAAGAAUGUUGCUGCUGUAACAUCAACGUCAACUCGGACACCAAUUUAUAAAGCCUUUGCUAAAGGAGAAAACAUAGGUGACAUCACUGCUAAAGGAGAAUGUGUUAGCAAUAUUGCAGACCUGAUAGGAACUGGACUUGGCAUAUUGAUGAGCAAAAAAAAUCCUUCUCUACUAUCCUCAUUUGCCUUCCUUUCUUGUGGAUAUGUGCUAAGCUCUUAUAAAGAGGUAAGAUCUGUGGUUUUGCACACACUGAACAGGGCCAGAUUUAGUGUGGCAGUAGAGUCCUUCCUCAGGACAGGGCGAGUACCUGCUUUGCAGGAGGGUAAUAUGAAUGAGAACAUAUUCAGUUUUCCAUGGAAAGAGAAGCCUGUUGUCCUUGGAUCCAGAUUCAAGGAUGCAUUCCAAGAUCCGAGUGCAUAUGUGGCCAUAACGCCUCUGUUUGAAGAAGAGAGGUAUCUUGUGACGUAUAACCCUUCAAAGAGUAAAGUGUAUGCACUUCUUAAGGGUCAGGCGAAGUCAGACGAUAUUCUAAAAGCAGCAUUUCAUGCUCAUGUCCUUUUACACUUUAUAAAAUCGUCAAAUUCAAGUAAGGUCUCUUCUUGGAAGCACAGGGAGGAUCCAAACUCAGAUGAGAUGCUCAACAUUGCUUACCUCAAAGCUUGUAUUGCUGAGUCAUGCAAGACAGUGUCAAAUUGUUAUGGGCAAUUUAAGAAUAAAGCUGAGGAGCAGGGUUGGACUAUGUCAGAAUCUCUUCUCAAUCCCGGUCAAGCUAGGCUGUGUUAAUUGACUAAAUGGGUGAUACUUUGAUUUCCUCACCUGGCUGCUGUGGGUUUUGACUAAAAAUCAAAUGGGAGAAAUUCUCCACAGAUCCAGAUGAUGAAAGCUUGGUUGUCAAAUCAAUCAUUUAUAGACGUGCGCUUGUUAAUACACUUCCAUUGGAGUUUACUUGUGAUAUGCUUGCUUGUCUAUCAAUGAUUAGUUUGAUAUACCAAUUUAUUAUUAGAAUUCUGCUCUAAGAAUUUCUCCUCAAUGUUCUUGGACUGCUCUGGAUAACGUGCAAUGGGCCAAGCAACCAAAACUUCAAAUCCCCAUUGGUGUGAACAGAGACAUAACGAUGCUGGAGAGGAAUCAUGGAGACCUUGAAUCUCAGAAAACCUGAGCAUAUUCUCAUCUGGAUAUUUAAUAUGAAUGGAGACUUAUUAUAGAAUUAUAGGAAUGAGUUGCUAGCAUAUGAUUAUGUAUAGUUUGUAUCAUAUGACUAUUCUGAGGAAAUCU